GCGUACAAAGAUUAAAAAACAAUGUCGAAUAAUGACGACUGUGUUGUGUGUGAACUAUAUGGGAUUAUAGAUCUAUGUGAGUAUUGUGGUCGCAAGUUGUGUUGUGACUGUCUACCAGACCAUCAAAAUAAAUCCUGUUCCGUUCUUGGAUCCGUUUCUGCUAGCUGUAAGUGUACUUUACACGAUAUUAUUGUAAGUGGGUACUGUAGUGAAUGUUCUGAAAUAACCUGUAUACAGUGUAAAAAACAUUCAAAACAUGUGAUCCUUCCUGUAAAAGUGUUCCAUAACAACAUUAAAAGAGAUUUACGUGCUGUGAGAGAUGAUUUAGAUCUUCUUUGUGGCCAAUUAAACAGUUACGAUGAAAUGUGUGCAAGUAAGAUAAAAGAACUAAGUUUAAUAAAGCAACAGAUAGAAAAUGAAGGAAGUAAAUUGACUUAUCAUAUCUUAAGAAAAAAACAGUCCUUGGUUUCUAUUAUUGAUGGUAAGAUUGAUCAACUACAAGAUAACUGUCAAGAAAUGGAAAUACUUCUAACAACAGCAAAUGCAUGCUUCAGCAACCUUGAAAAUAGUAAUGUAUGGACAUUUUUGAAGUCAUGGUUGAAAAUAAAGCACACAAAAGAAGAGUUUGAAAGUAUGGAACCUGGUCCAUAUUUGUUGCAAAAGCUGAAGUUUCGUCCUGGAGUUGAAGAUUCGUUUGAUGUUAGCAAUCUAUUCGGCAAACUCAUUGUUGAUAUAAAUCAAGAAAAUGAAAAGGGGGUGGUUCGACAAGAAAAUAAAUCAUAUGAAGAAGAAGUUGACAAAUUAUCAUUACAGUUAUCGAGUAUCAAAAUCCAAGAAUACCAAAGAGAAACAAAAUGUCAUCAAGAACCAACAUAUAGAAAAACAGGGUAA